CGGGAAUUCGUCCUUCCAGAUCUGUUUCUAGGAUCGCAGUGCCAAUGCGCUUAAGGGUCGGGCUGCUGAUUUUACUAAACCCUGGCAGUUCCACGCGCACCAGAGACCGGUAUGUUUUUGCUACCAAGCGUAAUUAUGCGUGGGUGGGUACGAUUUUGUGUGUGUGUUUGCGCGAUCACUCGCUCGCGCCUGCUAUUCAUAGCCCACCUAGGACUAUAGCAAAACAACAACAACAAACCAUCGUCUUUGGGCGUGAUAUGGAAUGUACCUACUUGCCUGCGCAUAGGUGGAGGGGAAAACGGUUGGGUCCUAAGCAGAUAGCAUAUUUGGAAACGAGUUCAGCCGAAAUCAAGGGGGCAUACUUCCAAAAGGAAUUUAGGACUGGUGUGUAUGUGUGAGAGUACACAGAGAUUUUCUGAGCCGUUGGAUAGUACAAGGGGGAAUUUCUAUAUCCUUCGCUUUGCUUGCUAUAUAAACCACAGCCACAAUUCGUUGGCAUUGCUGGAAUUUAGGGCGAUAUCUCUGCAGCAGGUAUGUAGUCUUACCCUGGGCAUAUUUAACUGGGAAGUGUUGAGUCUUUCGGAGAAUGUGCACAGGGUUGCACCCUUACUUGAAAAUUCUCCACGAGAUCACCUUAAAGUUCUCGUGGAGUUGCGAUUUUAGAAUCGCGCUCGAUCCCCGCCAAUUUUAGCGGAGUUUCCUUCCCAGCAAGGCUCCCUUGAAAGGGCGUGCAAGGCUGAACUUUUAAAUGCAAUGGCGGAUCUCGCAAUCGACUGGACUAAUGCCUGUGUAAAUGUUCGGGGUAUAGCGAGGCAAGAAGUUUCGGUUUCACUGGGUUCUUUUCUGAUCCAUCUCAGAUCAGGUCUGUCUCUGUAUUAGUAUUGCUCUGUGGGCCUGUCUCUUACACCUUACCUGCCUUGAAAACUUCGUAACCUUUCCGUUUUAAAGGCUUUUCAUCCUAACCCUCUUGAAGGGAAAGAGAUUCCCAUUCAUUUCGAAUGCAGCCCUCUUCCUUUCCAGUUUAUUUAACCAGUAGCGAAUCGUAAACGGAUAGAAACUUCGGGUGUUGCUCUCGUUGCCACGCAAGAGAUGGCUGUCCGUGUUAUUCACCCGGGGCCGCCAGGCCUGCAGGAGUUUUUCAGCAGCUCUUCGGGUUUACGUGUUUUUCAUAUCCGUUUUCACUGCUAGAUGUAGGGGAGCCGAUCUAAUCCGAAAUACUCUUGUGCUGCGAAUAUCAGCUGGUUAAAUAAACAGAAGUACUUCGAGCGAACGGGCUGAUUUAAAUCGACCCACAGACAGAUCUCUCUUUGCGCAACGUUGGCACCGAAAGCGCCCGUCUAUGUCUGUCUGCAUGUUCAAAGAGGUGCAGGGGUUUUUGUUUUGUUUUGGAGGGGGAAGUAGCUUCCUUUGUGGGAAUAAUUCAGUCUCUUUUCAGAAUUAGUGUGUAAAUAAUGUGUUUGGGGCUGGGGGAGAGAGGCAGAAGUAGUAGAUGUCCGAAAACUGUUAUAGAUUAGUUUCCAUCUCGAUGACCUGAAAUGAUUAUUUUGAGUCAGCGGGAUCCACUUCCAGUGGCGCUCAGCUUCCAAGUAAUGUGAUCGACGGAGGGAAAGUCAGCAUCUUCAGCCUCAGGCAUUAUCCAGGAACAAUGUAUAUUUUGGAUCGAGGAAAGCGAAGACUGUUGAAAUACUUUGGCAUUCCUUCUGCUUCCCUGCCCCCAGCCAUUAUUUCUUUCCUCAAUCAGCCAUUAUUAUUAUUAUUAUUAUUAUUAUUAUUAUUAUUAUUAUUAUUUAUUUUACCAGUCGCCAUUAGCUGUCCUAGAAUGCGGUUCCUUAUUGCAAUUAGCAAAAGCGCCGUCCAGAACAGGAUACUUUUUAUUUCGUAGGAUUUUGGAUUACAGUUUAGCGGACCAUCGGGGUUGCGAUGCGCGUUUACUCCAAGGUGAAUCCCGUUUAAUAUCGAUGGGGCUUCUCUCUGAGUAAACAUGAGCAAUCCACAGUGCGUUAUAUUCCUCCAAUGGAAGUUGCUGCAAAGUCAUGUGGUUUAGGUCAGGGGUUGCGGUGGUGAUGGGGAGGGAGAGAAUACCCAUGCAUGACAUCAGCAGUCCGAUCCUAACCACGUUUACUCAGAAGUAAAUCCAGCUGUGUUUAGGAUGGCAGCCUCUAAUCCCUGGUCUUCCUUUUCAUUCCCCAAACCAGAUUCCCCAGUGUGGUAAUGCUACUGGCACAGUAAUUUAGGACUGACUUGCGCUUUUUUUUUUAUUUGUCUUGUAAGCUAUGCACUGCGCGCAAACACUUUAAUGGGAUGUCGAAGAGAGGGACAGAGGUGGCUCAAAUAGAUAAUGAUCCCGCAGAGUAAAAGUGACGGUCAUAAUUAUUAUCUAUAUAGCUCCAUCCCCUGAACAGAGUAACCAAGCGAAAUAAGCCACCAAACCAAGAACUGUCCCCUCAAAAAAUGGUCUCUCGUUUUCUGUCCUGCAUCCCCAUUCACACAAGCGGGCGAAACAGAGGGAGAGAGGCACUUUUUAGCGUCAGGUGAGAAGAACCCUCUUGCCUCCCAGGACACCGCCGCUUAAUUUGUGGAUUCAAAAGUCCCUUGGCAUCAGUUUGGUUAUGCUGCUUUCGGUCAGUAAUAUCUCGAAGGCCUCCUAAACCAAGUGACGCUGGCACCUCCAAUUUCUAAGGGCAUCUGUAUAGAACUACGUCCCAUAAAUCUAGAUUCGCCUUGCUUGCAAAGCCUUAGGCUCGAGCUGUUUAUUUAGUUUGGAUUUCUAGAAUUUGGGGGCAUCAGAUGAAAAGCAGUUUGUUGGUUUGCUCUUUUGCUUUCCUCCCUCCAUUAGCCACAAGGAUACCUUUUAAGAUUUUAGCGCCCCAUUAUUUCCUCUGUGUAGGAGGGUGUGUGUGUGUGUGUGUGUGAGAGAGAGAGAGAGAGAGAGAGAGAGACCACUGUCCCAGAAUUGUUUCGCAGCUCAUAACUGCCGCCGCUUGACAGUAGGAGCGAUUUCAAACGGCUGUUGUGAACACUUGAUCCUGGCGAUCUGUAGUAUUCAAAGCUUAGGUGUGGGGGGGGGGGUGCAAGGAGGGGGGAAGGAGAGGGGAAGGGGUUGAUUUCUGGUGUGUGAGCAAACAACUGCGAGGGCGUCCGCGGGGCUUGUCAGCACCGAUUGCACGAUAAAACGUGAUUCUUAUUUUUUUUAAAAAAAGGAAAGCAAGAAAUUAACGAAGCCUGUUUAGCUCGGCUCCGCCAGGCAAAGGCGCAGAGGCCGCUGGAGUCCUUCCAGCGCUCAUUAAGGGACGCAAUUAACUCGUUCACGCUCAAUUAGAGCCGUACAUAACUCCGUUUGAGGAGAUCCCGUCGCACCCUUUGCAGAAAGCGGAAUGCUCCGCGCGGCUGGAGCCAGGAGAGUCGCCCGCCCGCCGGCCACGCCAAUUCCCCUUUCCUGUUUUGUUUCCUCAACACAGGUAGAGGCCACGCUCGAUUUCCUCCUGCGCUGCUCGCAGCAAUGGAAGGGGGCGCGGGGGAGAGAACGAACGAACGAGCAGUGUCCCUCCAGCUUCGAGAGUUUAAGGGGAGACGGUUUAUUUUCUAGUUCUGGCCGGGUUGCUGCUCCAGGCACCCUGGCUUGGGGAAGGAAAUCCGUGGGAUCUCCUUCACGUGUUCGUCUGAAACGACUUUGUUUUUUUUUAAUUUAGCGCGGUGAGCGUUUUUCGUAGGUGACAUAAUAGAAAGGCGCACGACGCACCCCCUGCCCCGAGGAUCUUACAAACUGAACGCAAGCGGGCAGGAGGAAAUACGAAGGUUUCUCAUAACAACCUUGUUAGAUAAUAAAACCACCCCAAUCCUUUAUAAAAUGAAAAACAAAAAUCGAUAGACAUUUAACAGAGACGGUCCUGUGUUUUGGAUGAAUGGCGGGUGCUCCCAAGUGUUUGUGCUUGUUUUUUUAAUAAGGUUGCAAUCGUUAUUUAAGGCAUUGCUAUCCUAGACAUAGCUACCCAGAGAUAGAGCCCAUUAAGAUGAAUUGCAAGUGGUUAUAGGAUCGCUCGGCUUCAAGGGCCUAGAGGAUCUGGAGCAGGAGGAACUUUUUAUUUUUCGCUUCUUGUAAAACGGUCAAAACAAAAAAACUGAGCAUAAAUAGAUUAACCCCCCCCCCGCGCGCGCGCACCCAGACGCAGCACCUCCAUAGAGUUCUGUCCACUCCCAACGCGUUGGAAUCCUAUAGCUGAGCUGACCGUGGGCUUUGCUCGCGACGCCUGUGGCAUUGCUAAUGGAGAGGCGAGCGCGAGUUUUGACUGCUUGGAUUUUAUCAUUCGAAAAGCCAGCAACUUAAUUUACCUCGGCCAUUUCUGCAUGUGGAACUAAUGGGGGGGGGGCCGAAAAGAGCCCAACAUGUUAUUUAUGAGUCGAGUAUUUCAUCUGCAAAUAUCCUCUCCCCCACCCCCCGCCGUUGGGAAAAAAAAAUAGAUACGCCAGGCGCGUGGAUAAUUCAGGCUUAAACUUUAAAAAACAAACUAACCACAAGAUGACCAUAAAAUUAAGGGGAGAGUUUCACUGCAGUCCUGAGACAAGAAUGGCAGCGCGAGGUUUUCGCCCUUGGGAAGAGACUUCCUCGCCCCAGCGAGAAAGCUUAGAAAAAUGCGAUUUCCACUACUAUUUCCAAAACAUAGUGCCUUAGGCUGAUAUGGAUUGGCAGUUCCAAAAGGCCAAAGUCUUCCCGAGGCCUGAAUUGAUCUCAGUGCGUAAAUCCGUUGAGCAGAGUAUAGCUGGAGCGGAGGACACCGCGUGCUGAGAUUCCUGCACUGCAGGGGGUUGGACUAGAUGACCCCCCUGGAACCCCUUCCAACUCUAUAAUUCUAUAUGGAUAGAGUGAGUUUGGAAAGGCCUUUGAUGGAUGUCGGCGGAACUUACCGCCACUUGAACUCCCAGCCACCUUGAAACCCUCUUUCUGCUAGGCUUUCCUUCUUUGACAAGACCUCUGGUUUCAAGAGACAGUUUGCUUUGAAAGUCAGCGAGCUUAUUGCCUCCAACGAGUAACACUCCAUUGCUUCUUGCAUUCUAUCUUAUCUUAACUCAUAAAGGAUGUUACUGGCGCCUUGCGAUCCUAGCGAAGAAGUAACUCCUUUUGAAUUCAGCGGGGCUUACUCCCAGGUAAGUAGAGUUAGGAUGGGCAGCCUUUAAGAUGCAAACCUCGGGCCUGAUUUGGAACACCUCUUGCUAGGACGGUAAGGCUGCAAUGCUAUGGCUGAACACAACUUCGGAGUCAGCAUGCAUCAUAAGAUCGGAGUUGCACGGGAGUAGCGCGCUAAGUAAGAACCGUGGCCUGGCAAGCCACAGAUAGAGCAGUAUGUCGGUGGUGAAGACCGCUUUGGACUCCUCCUCCUCCCUAAUAUUAUUAUUAUUUAUUAUAUUCUAAUUCAAUUACUCCUGAAGCCGGCCCUACAAUGCCAUAAAAAUGCCUAUGCCUGUCCCUUCUUUUUAAAGAACAUUUGGCAUUUUUUUUUCUGUUUGCUGAAGCCUAAAAUUAAGUCCCAGGCAAGCAACGUUCCAGGCAGGUGUUACGUCUGAUCACCUGCAAAGCGUAUGGAGACUCCAAGGCAGCCUUCGCCAGCUUGGGUGAGAGUUAGCUCUCACCUGCCUCAGGCAGAACACCUCUGCUAGCUGCGGAGGGUGGAAGUUGUAGCCCAAAGCAACAAAGUUACAGCAAAAAGGGUGGCAGGGGUGAAGAAACAGAGCGUCCAGAUCUGCUCGCUCAGCUCCAAGCCCCACAGGAGGAGGGAAGGUAUCUAUCUAUCUUCUACCACGUGAGGACUAGGGCACUGAGUCAAAGAGAGAUGGCCUCUCGUCUCUCAAAUACAGGGAGUUACAGGUCAAAGUGACGCCAAUGGACAAAUGCAUUUCAAUUACAUUUUCAUGAAAUUAAUGGGAUCACUCAGUCGGUAGAGCAUGAGACUCUUAAUCUUGGGUCGUGGGUUCGAGUCCCACCUUGGGCAAAAUAGUCCUGCAUUUCAGGGGGGGUUGGGCUAGAUGACCCGCGGGUCCCUUCCGACCUACGAUUCUGUCAAGCAGUUUCCAGUCGUUCGAGUGCGCCUUUGCAUCCGCCGACGCUCUGGAAGGGAAAAGAGGGUUAUGUUUUACCGAGUAAAGGGGGCAUCUUUCUGCACCAGCGUUUUUCUCAAUUCCCCCCUCCCAAACAUCCUCGCAAUUUUUAUUUUUAUUUUAAAGCCGGAAAGUGACUUGAUUUACAAACGAGAGCUCCCCUAAAACAGCCCCCCCCUUGUUAAGUCACACCAGGGAUGCUCCUCCGUUCCUCAUAAGCUUGAGGCGGACAGAAAGCAACGGCUGAGAGGGGCUUGGGGAGGGGCGAGAAAUGAAACUCUGCGUUUCCACAGGGUUGCAGCGCAGAUGUUGCGCAACAGGUUCCACUCGGCCCAAAUCCGGGCUGAACUCCGAAUGCAGACAAACCUUUCUUGCCUUGGCGGGCAAAGUUCCAUUGGAAGCGCAGGGAUUUGGUUGCUAUUGCCAGGAUCAAAAUGCGGGUGGACUUACAGCCCGAAUUUACAGGGUAAGAUUUACACCCCUCCUUCUCUGUAGAUUCCAGUGGGCUUCCUUUCGCAUCCCGGUGGUGACAUCCGUUUGGAAGCAAGUCCAUUGAAACAAAGCCUGCGUGGAUCUGGCUUGGUUUGCAACCUGUUAUAUACCUAUUAGGAUGUGUGUGUUUUAAUAACUAAAUUUAAUUCAAAGGACUUACUUCCAAGUAACCCUGCUUAGGGUCCCAGCUGGAAUUGGGUUGUAAGGAGAAGCUCAGGCCCGGUGGUCAACAAAGGAGCAAACUCCUAAGGGCCGAGGGGUUUUUGGCCUCCCCAAUAAAAUAUUCGAGGGACAUCUCCCCCACCCCAAGCUGAUGGGCAUUGCCAUUCAAACGUGCACUGCAUCAUGCGAUCGAUUAUGCGGGGCGGGGCUUACCUGCGCCACCAAUGUUUUAUUCGUUGGCACCCCUGGGGGGGGGGGUCAACUGAGUCUUCAUUAAUUUCAGAGGGUCUGGUCUGAGUAAGACUUGGUAGAAUGCAACACCUCGGACGGCAGGCUUCGGUUUCAGUCCUAUAACCCCUGUGUAGGGGGGGGCAGGGGGCAGCUGCCCCCUCAGAUCAAGUAAAACAACAGAAAUAACUAACUGACCAAUCACGUGGGUCCUUCCCCCCUCCCCAAAAAAAUCCUGGCUACGCCCAUGCCUGGGAGUAAGUCUCAUUGAACUCAAGGGGCCUCCUUAAUUUUGAGCAGAUACGUCUGGGAUGGUGAUGUUAGACCCACUUACCGAGAGCAGGCGGAACUAUCGAUUCGGAGUGAGCAUGCAUAGGUUGGAUUGCGCUGCGGAACUGCGAUCCUAAGCACGCUUAUCUAGCAAGCUUGUAGGUGGGGGGGGCCCUCACGUCUAGCACUUCAGUCCGAAGCUUAGAAACUGGUCGGAAGCGAUCCCACACUGAAAGCGAUAGGACGGAAGGAUUUCACGGAGUAAAUCAUCGCUGGGAUCAAACUGUAAACGUGCUUAGGAUGGAGUCAAUGGGUUUGUCGGUCCAGGGAAGUAGACUUUCGCCUGCGUUGAAAUCAAUGGGGCCCGUCUUCCCCUUUGGAAGGGGACUCUAGUAAGAAAAGAAGAUGAUGUCCUAAGCUCAGUUGAGUCGCCUAAGGCGCAUUGCAAGGCUUUUCGCUGAUUUGGGGCACGGGCCUAUACGGCAGGUUACCAAGGAAGUAAGUUUCGCUUGAGUCCACGGGAGCUUGUUCCCAUGGGCCUAGUGGGGGGGGGAGCAGAGAGGGGCAACUACCCCCCCAUAAAUAAAAAUACUUAACUAACUGAAGUUCUGCCCGCCUAAGAUAAAUCCUGGCUACGCCCAUUCUUGCCCUCCAAGCAAAGCGGCGCAGAUGGGACUGCGUGACUGCAGAGUCGGUGUACGCAGGCUUACUCCGGAGUAAGUUUCGUUGUGUCCAAAAGGGCUUACUUGCUGCUCCCAGGCGUGUUUGAGGUUGCAGUCUCAGUCGUGUGUGUGUGUGUGUGUAGCAGGGAAGGUUUUAUUUUUGGUUAGCCUGCUGCGUAUUUUUUGUUUCACAAAACUUACAUACCGCUUGAUUGCAAACAACCAACCAACCCCCAAAGUUGUUAAGUCCCCGAGUAGCUGCUUCAAUUUACCCAGCGAGACGUGUCUCCUGAAUUUUUUAUAUAUUUUUUUAAAAAAGAAAGAAAUAUUAUUUUAAACGGGACUCUGUUUAUUGCCACCGAGGGCAGCGGAAAGGUGGUUGAGAACUCCCAGACUCUUCUCAUUUAGGGGAAGAAGGGGGGGGGGCAGCCGAUAAAGAUCUGUUGACAUGAAGCAGAAUUGAAAGGUGGAGGUGACACCGAAAUAAAAGGAUCAACUGGCUCUGCGGUGGGGAGGAAAGUAGAGCGCAAGGGGGGGGUGUCACUGCAGACCUCCAGAGAAUCGUUGGCUUUGAUGUCCUAAAAGGGUCCCGCCACUCGCUUACCCCCCGCCUCAAGCUGCUCGUCCCCUUCUCUGUCUCUUUCCUCGGUUGUAACAGAGGAAAAGUGUAACUUACAGAUCUGGACCAAGGCCAGCAAACUUGUAACAGCCUGAAUCCUCUCUCUUUCUCUCUCUCGGCUGCCCUUUGUUUUUAAGCUAAACUGCUUCUAGCGACCAAAAUCAUUAGCACAAUGGAUGCUAUUAUGAAUCACGAUUUUUCUUUUCUUCCCUCUUCCUUUCAGGGGAACCGGUGAAAGGCCGCUUCUUAUUCGAUUGGUGUGACUUAAAACUUUGAAAGUUAUCUACCUCUCCACUCUUUCUUUCUCUCUACACACACACACACACACACACACACACACACACACACGCGCCCCAGCGCGACAUUCUCUUACAGGGCUAGAUUUACGAGUAACAGAUCCAUCCGGUUAAACCGCAGUCCUUGGAUUUAAAACGAUUAAAAAAAAAAUCAGUUCUGAAAACUGAAGGGUGCAUGCUUAAGCACGUUGACAGUUAAUAAUAAUAAUAAUAAUAAUAAUAUGCUGGGAAAUCCGUACCUUAAACACACACACAUACGGAAGCAAGGCAACUGUUUUUAGUGGAGCAUAAUCCUAGGAUUGGAGCCUUAAUUCUUAGUAAAAGAAUCAGGAUUAAUACACGUGUUUAAAUAAAAUACAAGGACUUUGCUGGGCUGUGAAUCGGAUUUUAAAUAUUUACACAUGGCAAGACAUGGGGAUAUGCCGUAGCAGAGAUUUCUCUCCACCUUCCGAAUUAAACUGCAUUCCAUAAAUCGCCCACCACCAAGCCUUCAAAAUAAGCCUGUAAACCAAAAUACUGAGGCACGAUUUCCGAUCGCAGUGAAUCUUCCCAUUGGACCCUGCACGGAUUCACAUGCUCAAGAGGAGGGACGCGAACGGGUCCAGCAUGUUCGUUCCUUGAAGAAUAUGCCAUUUCUGACGCACUUGUUCAGAAGUUGUCCUAUUGAUUUCACGGGACACGUACUUCCUUGCAAACGGUGCUUAGGAGAUCUGCUAUUAUCGUCUCUCCUGAAAAGGAACAGGAUCCAUCCGCGUGUCAGCUGCCCGGCUCUAUUUCAAAAGUGGCCUAAACAUAAGGAGUUUGAUCAAUAUCUCUUGGUAAUAAGCGGCUGCGGAUGCGAAGAAUUAAAAAAAAAAAAAAAAUUGAGGGGGAGACCUUUUUAAAAACACAGCACCCUGGUCCUUAAACAGUUAAAUUUAACUGAGGGGGUGGGGAGGUUGCAGCGUGUGUGUUUUAAUCGACCGGUAUACCAAAUUUAUCCAAUUAGAAAAGGCAAAUCUUGGCCAAAUGUCACACUCGUUUAUUCUGGGUCACUGCGAUGGAAUUUCUGUAGACUUUCCUUUUCCCUUCUCCCUCCCCCCCCGCCUUUUCUUAAGGCUGAUUUAUGUAAAGUGGUGUGAAAGGUGGACUCAGGGCAGAUAUUUAGUGAGAAGAUCCGUGAACAGCAGAACCGCCAGACAAACAGCGCGUCGCCCUUUAAUCUUCUCGGCUUCGCGUCUGAUCCAUCCCAUCUCAGCUGCUCGUGAACAAUCCCUGCGCUUUCGCUUCGCUCCUUUUUUGCAGCAGUUUGGUGCGCGCGCGCUCUUGUUUCGCUGUCGCUUUGGGUGUGUUUGUGGGGGGAAGCAAACUUAAACAUCAAACUUAGCAACAAUAAUUUUCGAUCGAGAGGCUUCAAAAUCCCUCCCCCUCCACAUUUCUUUUAUUUUGUUUGGCAAGAGCUUUCCAAGCACCCGUGGCGGAGCAUGGGCGUGACGUCACAGGACAAGGCUACGCGUCACCGUUACGUCAAAUGCAAACUAUAAAAGGAACUCGUUGAGUGCUGAGCAGAGGCAAAUGCUCUCUCUGGUUGCAACUUUGCGCUGCGUUGUGGGCACGCGCAGCGCGAUCCUCAGCAUGUUUACUCAGAAGUAAAAGGCCGCAGUUUUGCAGCAGCCGUUAAUUUGCUGCGGGCUCAGAAUAAGUAGCAAGGUCUAAACCCAAACAUGUGCAACGAUCGUAAAUAAGAACCAAGCCCCAUGUAAAUGCAAUUAUAACAUAUUUGGGGGGCUGUUUUAUUUCCCCAAGCACGGAAAGUACAGGCACUCCCGCACAAUUAUCGCCGAAAUACGGUACGUUUUCAGCUGCAGCCUUAAUGCACGUGUUUUAAAUCUCGCAGAAAUCUGCAAGACUUUAGAAGGGGUUGAUUUUUUCUGGAUCAGGCUCCAGAUCCUUAAGCAUCUGAACUCCGUCAUAACUGGUUAAAGGACAGCUUGCCGAGGCCGUCAGCGACCUUUGCAAACCUAACCAUUCCGCCGCACGCAGGACGCUAUUUGAUUGAUGGGCGCUAGUUGAUUGAUGGAAAUCGAAAUCAACCUCUCACUUUGAAAGCGAAGGGCAGCGUUUUGUCCUGCGAGUGCAAUUCUGACCCCAGUCUUCGAAUCUACCCAAGUCUUUUGCCCCUUUCCUAAAACACGCUGCAGGCUUCAAUCCGAGGGCCGAGCGCGCCUAUUGAAAGACAGCCCGCAGGUGUGUGUGUCAAUCACAUCCGUGACCAUUGGGCCCUGGAUUUCAACAACGUGCAUAAAAAGUCCGAUCGUUUGCAGGUUUUAUUUCGUAUCUUAGGAAAGUCAUUCUCCCCCAUCCCCCCAUCUCCUUCCGCUGGAGAAAUGAGACUGAAAAGUACAGCCUUGGCUUAAAACUCCUCCUUCCCCCAGAAUUGACAGAAACACUCUCUAGCUUUUAUAGCUGAUCCGAAAUCAGGGGUGCCAACUUGAGUAAAAAAAAAUUUGGGGGGGAGGGACAGGUAAGUCCUGCCCGAACAAUUGAUCGCAAGAUGUGGUGCACGCACCCCAUUUGAAAAGCAAUGCCCAUCAACUUUGGGGGGCGGCCCCCUCACAUAUUUUAUUGGGGGGGGGCGAAGGGACCUCGGUUCUGCCCCCCUAACAAAAGUCUGACCCCCCAAGAGAAAAUCCUGGCUACGCCCAUGGCCUUAGUCCCAGGGAGUUGACUCCUGUGUCUCAAACACAAGGGCGCACGGGUCGUUCUCCUCGCUUUGUGCACGUAGCUGGAUCCCUAGGGCCGUCCAACAGCCUAGAAAACUCCUCUAAAUUUCCUCUCGCUCUGGUCUAAGGCGACAGUUCUUAAUUUACCAUUGCUAUCAGCUGCCAUCCCAUGGACACUUAACAGGAGGUAAGGAGGCGCCCAUCGAAGUACAGUAGCGACAAGGAGCGCUGACUUCCUUCUGGGCGUGCAUUAGGGUUGCGCGGUCCCAUUCCCUGCCUAGAGGGCUCCUGUUCACCCCUAAGGAAUGGAGUGCGUAGGAGCCAAUUCCUAGGGGCCGAGGGGGUCUUCGCCCCCCCAGUAAAAUAUUUGAGGGGUCCGCCCCCCAAGUUGAUGGGCAUUGCCAAUCAAAUGGUGUGUACCGCGUGAUGUGCAAUCUUUAAUAAAAUACUGCGUGGGGGCCCGAUAAAUCCCGCCCCGAUAAUCAAUCACAUAACGCAACUAUUUAAAUGGCAAUGACCAUCAACUCUGGGGAGCGUCGUCCAUGGGCGUGGUGGGUGGGCAGCUGCCCCCUAAAUCAAGUAAAUAAAUAAAAAAACUUAACUAACUGACCAACCGCAUCGCAGAUAACUCGGUUCUGCCCCCCACAAUGCCUGCCCCUAAAAUAAAUCCUGGCUAUGGCCCAGCCCCCUCAAAUAUUUUUUGGGGGGUCCGGAGCCCCCUCGGCCCAUAGCUGUCAACGUUUCCCUUUUUUAAAAGGGAGAUUCCCUUAUUCCGAGUAGGUUUCCUCGAAAGAAAAGGGAAAAGUUGACAGCUAUGCCUCGGCCCCUGGCAGUUGGCUCCUAUGUAAUCGAUUAUGCGGGGUGGGGCUUGUCCCCCCCUUUUAUUCAAAUUGGCACCCCUAAUGGGGUGUGUGGGAUUUUUGUCUCGUUUUGUAGCAAUGGACGAGGCGAGGGAAGGAGGGGGCCCCGACGCAGAGCUUUGAAGUCAGCUAUGUUAAAUCCUUGUACUCUGCUUUCCGAAGCAAAUUGGAGGUCAGAGUUGAAGCGGAGCGGGGAGCAGAGGAGAGGGCAGAGAAGCCGCGAGCAAAGCGGGGAAUUUCCUGUCUGAAUGAAGGUCCAGACCUUCCAGGUCUUCUCGCCAGCAGCGACACGGACCUCGCGCUGCCUGGUCUCCAAAACCAAACUGGACUCUCACCUUCUCGGGUGGGGCCAAGGGGCGUUGGCGGGUUUGCAGCGCAUCUGUUAGGAUUGGGUUGCGUCCAAAGGUCCUAGGGCCAAUGGGAACAGAACCUGCGUGUUACUAUGCGCCGUUUAGGGGAUGACGCAAGAAAAAAGCAGUUCCAUCAACCCCUUGUUUUGACCAAGAAACAAGGUAUUUUUGUGAUGUUGCCUCUGUAUCGAUGGUGUCCCUUGAGAAGCUGAGUGGCUCUUGUGUUUUUUGGGGAAAAUAUUUUUUAUUAAAGAUUUUACUAAAUUACAAAAGAACAUGCACCCCCCCCAAAUCAUAGAGUCUCUUAGUUACAUUCAGUAUAAGACUCUGCUCUUGUUAAAUUAGGCAAGAGGAAGCUAAUUUUGGUGGAUAAAGAGUAGCAGAAGUUCUACCAUCAAUAAAUCAGGGGCACAGCUAUCCGUACCAACUUCCAGAAGGGGCAUUUCUUCCUAUAUGUAAGCUAGAAACUCCUGCCAAUUAUUAAUGUGGCAAAAACCUUUGGGGACACCAGUUCUUUGCUUCCCAAAUCUCCUGUCUUUCCCUUCUCCUUCGCAAUGGGUAGCACAGGGUCUGAUGCCCAUCAUGAUACAUUUAGUAUGCAAACAGCAGCUUCUUGUGAAUUGGAGCCACAGCCGAGAGUGCCAGUGGUUUCUACAAAAGAUCUCAUCUUGUUCAUUGCCCACUAUUGAGGACUUCUCCCCCACCUCUCUUAGUUUCUGCCCAUCCUUACUUUAUACUUGGGACAGGAAACAUUCUUGCAUGCAUUUUAUACUUUAAAUAAAUCAUUUAAAAGACAAAUAAGAAUACAGUGGUACCUCUGGUUAAUAACUUAAUUCGUUCCGGAGGUCCAUUCUUAACCUGAAACUGUUCUUAAACUGAGGUACCACUUUAGCUAAUGGGGCCUCCCGCUGCUGCUGGCACGCGAUUUCUGUUCUCAUCCUGUUUUUAACCCAAGGUACUAUUUCUGGGUUAGCAGAGUCUGUCACCUGAAGUGUCUGUCACCUGAAGUGUCUGUAAAACGAGGUACCACUGUACACAAUACUUGUAUAGCACUUACAAGUGUUCAGAGCACUUCACAUGCAUUCAUAGAAUUGCAAAGUUGGGAUCAUGAGAGUCAUCUUGUCAUAGGAACCAACUCCUAGGGGGCCGAGGUCCCUUCCACCCUCCCAAUAAAAUAUCUGAGGAGGGCUGACCUCCCAAAGUUGAUGGGCAUUGCCAUUCAAAUGGUGUGAGGGUGCCAUGUCAUAGAAUAAUAGCACUGUAGAGUUGGAAGGGACCUUGAGGAUCAUCUGCAAUGCAGGAAUAUGCAUCUGCCCCAUACGGGGAACGAAUCUGCAACCUUGGCUUUGUCAGCACCUCACUCGAACCCACUGAGCUUUCCAGGCACAUGAACAAUUAUGCAGAAUGGGGCUUACCUGGGGCCCCCAAUAUUUUAUUCAAGUUGGCACCCCUGCAUCUUGUCGAACCCCUUGCAAGUCAGAAAUCUUUUGCCCAACAUGGGGCUCCAACCCACAUGACCCUGAGAUUUAGAGUCUCUACCAACUAUGGGCUAUCCCACUGGUAUCCUUGGAAUCCUUACUAUUACCCCAUGUCGUUGCAGAUGGGGGUGGGUUGCUGAGUCUGAGAGAGAGAGGCUUGUCUAUGACCCCCUCUGGUGAUUUCAUGGUAGAGGUGAAAUUUGAACAAGGGUCUUUCGGAUUCACAGCUUUAUUUGUUCCAUCCAGUAAUCAGACACGUUUGUGUGUGUGUUUCCCCACUCCCUUCUUCCUCUCUUUCUUACAGGCACUUGCCUUUGCUGCCAGGCUUCUCUGCUAUCAUGGGUAGCAAGACUUUGCCAGCUCCAGUGCCCAUCCACCCUUCCCUCCAGCUCACCAACUAUUCCUUCCUGCAAGCUUUCAAUGGCCUGCCCGCCGUGCCUUCGGAACAUCUGCCCAACCUUUAUGGCUUCAGCGCCCUCCACGCCGUUCAUCUUCACCAGUGGACCCUGGGCUACCCGGCCAUGCAUUUGCCUCGUUCGUCCUUCGCCAAAGUGCCCGGCGUGGCCAGCCUGGUGGACGCCAGGUUCCAGCUGCCCGCCUUCCCUCUCUUCCCGCAUGUCAUCCAUCCCAAACACGAAGCUGCCAACAUGCCGCUCAAAGCCAAGCCCCGAUUUGACUUUGCCAAUCUCGCUGUGGCAGCCACUCAGGAGGACCACUCGAAACUGGGACAGAUCGAUAGCCAAGGCUCCCCUCCGGGCCUGGGCUCCUUGCUCGAGGUGACCAAGCUUUCACCGGAGAAGAAACCCACGCGGGGGAGGUUACCUUCCAAAACCAAGAAGGAAUUUGUGUGCAAAUUCUGCGGCAGGCACUUCACCAAGUCGUACAACCUUUUGAUCCACGAAAGAACCCACACGGACGAAAGGCCGUACACAUGUGACAUUUGCCACAAGGCCUUCAGAAGACAAGAUCACCUGAGGGAUCACAGGUAGGCCUGAGCGUUUAAUGGAUCUGUCUCCUGAAGCCCAUCUUAACUGCCAACAAUUACAGAGUCUCAUCUAGUAGCUAUACCCAGUUAUAUGUCGUGCAUAACUGUUAUCACAGACAAAUGAGAUGGUGCUACUUCAGUAAAAAAUGCCCAUUACACAUUAGGUAAUACUUGGAUAUGCUUAAUGGUGACUCUCCAUUGUGACUUUAAUGCUGCUGCUGUUAGUAGUAGUAGUAGUAGUAGUAGUAAUAAUAAUAAUAAUAAUACCCUGACCAUCUAGCCACUCUGGGCAGCUUCCAACACAUAUAAAAACAUAAUAAAACAUCAAACAUAAAAAAAUCCCAAUACAGGGCUGCCUUCAGAUGCCUUCUAAAAGUUGUGUAAUUCUUUAUCUCCUUGAUGGGAGGACAUUCCACAGCACGGGUGCCACUGCCGAGAAGGCCCUCUGCCUGGUUCCUUGUAGCUUCACUUCUCUCAGAGAGGGAACUACCAGAAGGCCCUUGGAGGUGGACCUCAGUUUCUGGGCUAAACGAUGGCGGUGGAGACGCUCCUUCAGGCAGAGCUGGAAAAUCCAAAAAUGUUUCCUAGCUGAAAUUUCAGCUAAGUAACAGACCUGUAAAGUGACGUAUUCCAUCUACUGCAAGGUUGGGAACUAUUUUUCACCUUGAGGUUCAGGCAAGCAAGAGUUCAGUGAUACAUUCCAGCCAGGCAAAAAACAGUUGGGAGAUGAAAUGAGGCAAGUGAGAGGUGUGACCUGGAAAAAGGGUUCGUGGCCUGGAGGACCACAUUCAGCACCCCUACCCCCUGAGUGUGAGGCGCUCAACACCUGCUCUACUAUUACAUCCUGUUUCCUACUGUCAUGCCCAAGCGAGUAAUGAUCUGUGUGAAGGAUCUCAUAUUCUCUUUCUUAUGCAGAAAAUGCAUUUAUUGAGUUUUUUGGGUUUCGUAAUUGCAUAACAUUAUUUCACCAAAGUUCACCUGCGUCAGGGUUGUACCAUUGAUGUUGGCUGGAAGGCUGUUUUCUGAGCAGAUGACCAGGGGUUGCAUCCACAAUCCCCAUGGAGAAUAUCAUGGUGGUCAACAAACAUUCAUUCCUUAAACUCCUCUUCCUGAGGCUCCCUGCCCUGCACAGCUAACGUUUCACUUCCUGGAUCAGAUCCCAGGUGAGGGAAACCCUGUCAGGGGCAGGAGGAAAAGAAAGCAUCAGGAGAGGAUUCACUGCCAAAAUUAUACUUGAUGAUUGUUUCCCUUCCCAAGUGUGAGCACUGCUGAUGCAGGCUGCAGUCCUAUGAAUCUGGGAGUAAGCCUCAUCUAAGCUCAAUGGAAUUUAUCUCUGGGCAGACGUGAAUCGGAUUGGGCUGUUAAAUGACAAGCUAGAGUUGAUUCACCAGUGGAUCAUGCAGAUAAGCAUACCCUCCUGAUGUCAUUGGUCUCCAGCUCCCAUCAGCCCCAGCCAGCAUUGCCAAUGACAAGGAACGAUAGGAGAUAUUGAGGUUGCCGCAUUGGGUAUCCCUGCUGUAGAGUGUGGUAGGGGGACCAAUGGAGAUGCUAAUGGGCUUGGUAGGUCCUAGGUCCUGAUAUCUGAUUUCCUUGACUUAAGUCUUAUUUGGUCUUCUCCUCUAGUGACUAUCACAUGACUUGCCAUGCAAUCAGGGUUCUAAACCAUGUAAGGAACCAACAUGCAUGUAGCUUCAGACCUUUUCCAAUGCAUGGAGGGUGGGGCUGGAGCAGGGUCCACAAGCACUACCCUACUCUUCCCCACAUGAGAUGGCAAUCUCAAGAAGGGACAAUGGCCUUCCUACAUAUAGAUGUACAGAUAACUGCUUAUGCAAGGGAAAACCAACAGAAGUUGAUAGCAGUGGCAAAGGUCCUUAUGAGCAAAGGAAGGGCUUUGUAUGUACCAAGUCAGACCAAUGGUCUACCUAUCACAGUAUAUUGCCUACUUUGGUUGGCAGAAGCCCUCUCCACUGGCUCAGAUGGAGGUCUCUCCAAGCCCACCAACUUAAGAUCCUUCUAACAGCUGCAGAUGUUGAGGGUUGAACCUCAGUCUUCAUUAUGUGCUCUUCUACUCUCAUAGGGCCCCAAACCCUUCUAUCUACUAAUUAUACAAGACAAAAUGAGUGCAUUUACACUUUUCAUGAAUAACAAGCUCACUUGGAUUCCAAGUCUACCCACAGCCUAAAUGAAGCCACGUAUUUCAGCUGAAAUCCUUUUUAGCCCACUCCUGAGCACAUUUUUGUGGAAGCACGUUCCAUUGAGUUCAAUGGGAUUUACAGGAUUGCGAGUUUAGUCCCAUUUAGGAUUAAGGAAUGAAGGAAGAUGCUUAAAUACAGAUAGACUUAGAUAGCUCCUUUGUGGAUCAGGGCAUUUAUUUGUUUAGAACUCUCUGUUAUAUAUAUGCAAUGUUCUUUCCCUCUAUUUUUGCACAGUGAUAUUUUUUUAGGGCAACUCAUGAAUAUUAUGUGCAUGAAACCCACUGAAGACACCAAACGUUUUAGCAGCCUAAUGCCCAGCUAGACUCAGUUCUUGAUUACUAGGACUGCAAUCUUAGUCUGCAAAUAGUCUUAUUUAUUCAGAUAUUAUAUGUAGGUUUGGCAUGCUCAUCGAAUCAAAGCAGGUAGUAGAGAAAAAUAAGCAAAAAAUCUCAUUUAUGAUAAAACCAGUCCCCACCUGGUACUGAUUCCAACAUUUCCAGUUAUUUAUAAUAAAAACAUGUCUAUGCUACCUAUUUAAUCUGAUUUCAUACUGUUGUGUCUCUCAGCCAAGGAACUACGGACAUGGUAGGGACAUCAGAGAAAGUCUCAGCUGCAGGAGUGUCCCUGACAACUUAAAAGUCUCGGGGCAGAUGGCAGCAAGACUUUGUGUAUGCUAAUUUCUAUGCAUAGGUGUACUUUUAGGUUUCUGGGCAAAUAGAGUGGGUCUCACCAGAAUUGCAGUUUGCCACAGCCCUGGAAGCAAAUGUAAAAUAAGGAACAAGAGAUCUGAGACCCCAGGGUAAAAGGAUCAGGCCCUGGGGGCUUUUGACCUUCCCUAAUAACACCCCUGAUCAGCACCCUGACAAAUUAUGCUAACUACAGUUCUCUAGAAGAAGCUGUGACAGUUAAACUGGUUUCAAGCCAGUUUAAAUGAGCAGUGUAAAUAUGUGCCAAGGUACCAACCUAGAUUCAUGGCAAACUCAUCAAUGGGACAGUCCCUUUGUCCUCUGAAAGGAUCAUAUCCCCCUAAACAUCAUAUUCAUUCUACUUUCAAUGUUUCAGGACUUUCCCAACAAUUGUUUUCCCCCUCUGUUUUAUUGCUGACAAUUAUUUUGUGCAGGGAAGCAUGAGUGAACUUCUGAAGAACUUAAAAAGAAAGAAAGAAACUGCAGCACCCAGUAAUAGAUCCCAUAGGAUUGAAGCUCUACUUAUUUAAUUUAUAGACUGCCCUGCUACAGAAGCUUUAUAACAAUGCAUUUAGUUAAGGUGAACUGUAAGUUUACGAUGGUUCUCAUCUUACACCAGGGGCAGAUGCCUGUAUGUUUUCUGCUGUGGAGCUAAUAGUGGUUUUCAAUCCCUUUCUCUCAUCACUGCUGCUUUGAUCAAAUCUGGAGCUCUGUUUUGGGAUAAAAAGAAAAGUAUUUGGAGAUCUGAACACAGAUUUCCCAUGGUUCAUCUCCCUUUAUCCAAGGCUAACUGGAUAGUCCAUGUACAAACCAGGGAUUUCAACUCAAGGGGCACAAACCAAAAUAUAGUUAUAGUUUGUGUGCUUUUUUAGGGUUUAACCAGACAUCCAUUUCCCUGAAAGUAAGCCCCACUGAACAUAACAGGACUUACUUCAGUUAAAUACAGGAUGUACAUCCCAAGUCUAUUGAAAUCGUUGGAAGCUGUGUGCAUUUAUCGUGUGCUAAAUUGCAGCUGAGCAUUUCAAUCCAAUUAUCUCGUGUAGGCAAGGGAGCUCUGGUUGUGUUUGAUCCCAUUCAGUUCAAUUGAGAAGAUGCCUCCAAAAACAUCUCCCGUUGAACCUGGAGAACAACUAUAUAUUGAUGUGAAUGGAAAAACUUCCAUGUACUGAAUUCUCCAUGAUAUACAGAAGCACACAGGAGGCUCAAAGUGGAAUUUCCAGGUCCAUAUGCCCUGCUAUUAGAUUUUUCUUCAACAUAUCAUUGUUCCCCUUUGAGAACUUUCACCAAAACUUUGACCUUCCACUUGUACACUGUAGCAAGUUAAGACAGAAAUGUAUGUUGGUCAUCUGAUCAAAUCUAAAAUCUCUCUCUCUCUUUCUCUCUUAUUUUCUCUCCCCAGAUAUAUCCACUCUAAAGAAAAGCCCUUUAAGUGCCAAGAAUGUGGGAAAGGAUUUUGCCAAUCCAGGACUCUAGCUGUUCACAAGACACUUCACACACAAGUAAAGGAACUUAAACCUUCGAAAAUGAAAUGCUAAAGCUUCUAGCCCCCAUGAACUUCACCCCACACCCGGCAUUCCGAAAUUUAGACCAAAUUCUUGACAGAGACGUUGUGGAGCACUGAACACUAUUAAUUUUAAAUUUGUUAAGAAAAGAAAAACUCAUCCCCUCUCUGCAUACAAACGCAGCCAGCCUUCCCAAAAACCCGGGUGCUUCCGAGUUACACAGAGGAGUGUAAACCUUGCAUGACUCUGCUAAACUUUACGUCAAAAGGUGGUGCUCAAGUAUUGGAGAGAGGAAUUUUCAUUGUGUUACGAGGCAAACAACACCCUAAAUAGCUUCCUGAAGUUUUUGCUUUUCUUUAAUUUUUAAAAUUUUUAUCCUUUCUGUAUGCUUGUGUGUGAUUGUUUAAAAGGCUUAUCGUUCAUCAUACUUCCAAAGAGAAAAUCCGGAAGAUGGUUAAAGAGAAAUCGGCUUCAUGUUUUAGGCACUGCUGAGAUGAGAAGGAAGAUCACUGAUAAACUCUGUGCUUGAAAGGAAGCGAAUGACCCUCCCAUGUAAUGGAUCUUGCUGUUCUCUACAGAUUUUUAACACCCAAGUCUUCCCAUCAGUGGGUCUCCUUCCUGCGCACUGGCAAACAUCCUGGGGUUUCUGUUUGUUUGUUUGUUUGUGGUCUAGUGCCUUGGGAGUGGUUUGUCACUGGUGGAUUUAUUUAAACAAAGCAAAACAUAAAAACACCGAAAGUGGGCAAAAGUUGACAACAAUAAAUCAAAGUGACUGCUGUGCCCAGUAUGGUCUUAGUAGUACUUUCAAGUUAGCAUGUGUCUGGAUGGGGAGUGAAUGGAAUUGAUGGGGUGGGGUGGGGGGCAUUUGACAAAUCUCAGCCUGAGAGUUUUAUCCCCAGUUGUCUUUCCCACCCUCCUUAGCAGUGUAAAUAAUAAUAAUGAGACAUUCCAAUAUGUUUUUGGUUAAAGUUAUUGCUAUUUGGCACUUUAUGCUGAUUCUUGAUAAUGAACAUUUAUCACUGGAUUUAUUUGUGUGCGUGCGUGUGUUUUUUUUUAAGUAUUAAAAUAAAUUGGCAUUUUACAGGCAAA